UAUGGCGGGCCGUACCAGUUUCAACCGGUUGUUAUAGAAAUUUUCCAUUACCAGCCGCUUAUGUUUCAUCCUUUUGUGAAAGCUUGUGAGGUUUUCAUAAAAUUUGACAACCCAGUGAAAGAUUGGUCCAAACUGAAGUGUGAGUUUGAAGUGGUCUUCACAAGUUCCCGACUUCAGCAGCAAAUGGGAGAAUGAGGAUAAUACAAGCCAACGGUGACACAAUGACACUCACGUUAGAACAAGCAUCCACUAUCCUGGACUUCACAAAGAAGUUGGAUAUUAACAUGCUUGAUAAUGUGGUUGGCUUCAUGUACACAGGAGAGGGUAAUAUGCAAAAGAUAGCUCAGGAGGUGUUAACCCACCUUAAGGAGCAUCCGGAUGCAUGGACGCGCGUCGACACGAUCCUUGAGUUCUCGUCAAGCCAGCAGACAAAGUACUAUGCUCUGCAGAUCCUGGAAAACGUCAUUAAGACACGGUGGAAGGUGCUGCCUCGCAACCAGUGUGAAGGUAUAAAGAAAUACACAGUGGGACUCAUCAUUAAGACUUCUUCGGAACCAGCAACGUUGGAAUCUGAAAAGGUCUACCUGAACAAACUCAACAUGAUACUUAUUCAGAUCCUGAAACAUGAGUGGCCGCGGAACUGGCCUUCGUUUAUUAGUGACAUCGUGGGAGCGAGUCGAACGAAUGAGUCACUCUGUCAGAACAACAUGGUCAUUCUCAAGCUGCUGAGUGAGGAAGUGUUUGACUUCUCUAGUGGGCAGAUGACACAGAUCAAAGCAAAACACCUAAAGGAUACUAUGUGUUCAGAGUUCUCGCAAAUCUUUCAGCUUUGUCAGUUUGUAAUGGAGAAUUCACAGAACGCACCUCUUGUGGCAGCCACCUUGGAAACACUGUUGCGCUUUCUCAACUGGAUUCCGCUGGGCUACAUAUUCGAGACUAAACUUAUUUCAACAUUAAUAUAUAAGUUUUUAGAUGUACCAAUGUUUAGAAAUGUCACAUUGAAGUGUCUGACAGAAAUUGCUUCAGUGAACGUCUCCCAGUAUGACGAGCAGUUUUUGCUCCUCUUCAGCCUCGCAACCGGGAGGUUGCGAGAGAUGCUGCCACUACAUACUAACAUCAAGGAGGCAUAUGCUAAUGGGCAGGAUGAUGAGCAAAAGUUUAUCCAGAACUUGAGUCUAUUUUUCUGCACCUUUCUCAAGGAGCAUGGGCAGCUAAUUGAAAAGCAGCCAGAGCUUUCAGACUCCCUACACUCGGCACUUCACUAUCUCGUUAUGAUCUCGGAAGUGGAGGAGACAGAGAUAUUCAAGAUUUGUCUUGAAUACUGGAACUCGCUGGCAGCUGAGCUGUACAGAGAGAGUCCCUUCACAGCGUCAACGUCGCCUCUUCUGCUAGGCCAAGCAAAAACAGAGACUCCGCAGCGAAGAACUCUCUACAACCCCAUGCUGUCUAAGGUGCGGCUGAUCAUGGUGGGUCGCAUGGCGAAACCGGAGGAGGUUCUGGUCGUGGAGAAUGAGCAGGGCGAGGUAGUUCGUGAGUUCAUGAAGGACACUGAUGCAAUUAACAUGUACAAGAACAUGAGAGAAACGCUAGUGUACCUGACGCAUCUGGACUACCCAGACACGGAGCGUAUCAUGACAGAGAAACUACAUGCACAAGUGAAUGGGACGGAAUGGUCGUGGAAGAAUCUGAACACGUUGUGUUGGGCCAUUGGGUCUAUCAGUGGUGCCAUGCACGAGGAAGAUGAAAAGAGGUUCCUAGUCACCGUAAUCAAGGAUCUUCUUGGGCUGUGUGAGCAAAAGCGCGGCAAGGACAACAAGGCUAUCAUUGCGUCUAACAUCAUGUACGUCGUGGGCCAGUACCCACGCUUCCUGCGCGCUCACUGGAAGUUCUUGAAAACAGUCGUGAACAAAUUGUUCGAGUUCAUGCAUGAAACUCACGACGGUGUACAAGACAUGGCCUGCGACACAUUCAUCAAGAUUGCCCAGAAGUGUCGGCGACAUUUUGUACAGGUACAAGUAGGAGAAAUCAUGCCAUUCAUUGAAGAGAUUCUCAACCAGAUCAGUACCAUCAUUUGUGAUCUUCAGCCACAGCAAGUUCACACGUUCUACGAAGCUGUCGGGUACAUGAUCAGCGCGCAGACGGAUGCCGUGGCUCAGGAACGGCUCAUAGAGAAAUACAUGCAAUUGCCGAACCAAGCGUGGGACGGCAUCAUCACGCAGGCGUCGAAGAACGUGGAGGUGCUGAAGGACGAGGAUGCCGUCAAGCAGCUCGGCAACAUCCUCAAGACCAACGUGCGCGCCUGCAAGGCCCUCGGCCACCCGUUCGUCGUGCAGCUGGGUCGCAUCUACCUCGACAUGCUGAACGUGUACAAGGUGCUGUCUGAGAAUAUCAGUGCGGCUAUCACACUCAACGGUGAGCAGGUGAUGAAGCAGCCACUCAUCCGUGCCAUGCGCACCGUCAAAAAGGAGACGUUAAAGCUUAUCUCAGGCUGGGUUAGCCGCUCCAAUGACCCACAGAUGGUUUGUGACAACUUCAUCCCGCCUCUGUUAGAUGCAGUACUUAACGAUUACCAGCGCAAUGUGCCAGCGGCACGCGAGCCCGAGGUGCUGAGCACCAUGGCAACCAUCGUAAACAAGUUGGAGAAUUGUAUCACCAGUGAGAUUCCACAGAUAUUUGAUGCUGUAUUUGAGUGUACGUUAGAGAUGAUUAAUAAGGACUUUGAAGAGUUUCCAGAGCAUAGAACCAAUUUCUUUCUUCUCUUACAAGCUGUGAAUUCUCAUUGUUUUCCUGCAUUCCUGAGUAUAUCACCGGUGCAGUUUAAGCUGGUGCUGGACUCGAUCAUCUGGGCAUUCAAGCACACAAUGCGCAAUGUCGCCGACAUUGGCCUGCAGAUUCUCUUCCAGCUGCUGCAGAAUAUUGAGCAGAGUGAGGGUGCUGCACAGGGCUUCUACCAGACCUACUACACUGAUAUCCUGCAGCACAUGUUCUCCAUCGUCACCGACACGUCGCACACAGCAGGCCUGACAAUGCAGGCUACGAUAUUGGCCUACAUGUUCAGCAUUCUCGAGAACAGCAAAGUGACAACACCACUGAACACAAGUAACACGUCGCAGAACAACGUAGAGUACAUUCAGCAGUACGUCGCCAACCUUCUGAAGGCAGCCUUCCCUCACCUCACUGAUCCACAGAUCAAGAUAACUGUGCAGGGAAUGUUUAACUUGAAUCUAAACAUAGCUGCCUUCAAGGAACACCUGCGAGAUUUCUUGGUGCAAAUCAAGGAGUUUGCGGGUGAGGAUCUGUCGGACCUCUACCUGGAGGAGCGGGACGUGGCACUGCAGCAGGCGCAGGAGGAGAAGCGACGUGUGCAGCUCACCGUGCCAGGCAUCAUCAACCCGCACGACAUCCCUGAAGAGAUGCAGGACUGACUCGAGAAGCCCGUGUUCGCACUCUGCUAGCCGACAAUGACAGAUCGCCGCUGCUUCUGUCAAAGGAGCGAGCGGUGGUUCUGCCCCGCGUCUCCGCCGAUGACUCGUGUGAAAGAGCGAGAGCUCGCUGCGAGUGGUGCUGUGCAGAUAGGAGGCUGAACCGUGUGUGUCUCCGCUGACUCGUGAGGUUGAGCUCUGUGCAAGUGCUGCUGCACAAGUGGAAGGCUGUAGGAAACAUGAUCCGGCGAUGGACAGGAGAGGCCUGCUCGCCAGUGUGAGCAGUGUGUUGAUGGCUCACAACAGAAAGAGCGAGCGAACAAGGCGGAGAGCGUGUGGUUUGCGUUACGCGGGCUGCUACUUGUCCAUGAUUGACUGUAGGAUCCCAUCCCAACGUCCCUGUGUCUACGUGUGACGUGUGUGCGCGCCAGACAAUUACUAGGCAGCACAAUCUAUUCUCAUGGGUGUGUGAAGCGGAUUCCGCUAAGCGGAGUGGUCGGCUGCCUCAUUUACGGUGCCACCAGAUGGCGACUGUUGUGAUGACCGUAUCUAAAUGCGAGGGUGUGCACAGGUAGUCUUGUGUCCGACAUUGCCUGCACACAAGCCUGGAUGCCGUUGCCUCCUGUAUAACUUCAAGUCUUUCAGGCGGGGCUUGCGUCACUGGCAAAACCAUUCUGCAGCAUUACCUCAAGGGUUGGAACCAGCUUGUGUUUGUAAAACCUUGCACACGUUCGGGCUGCUGCUGCCAUCUCGUCAUGCAGUGUUUGCCGGCAGCGUGCAGCCUGGCCCAAGCACCUGUGUAUCUGUCAUUUCUCACUCCACUUGGGUGUGCAUUGUAAAUACGAGUUGUCUGAUUUUUCCUCACAACGUGUUUGUAUUCAUCUGCUGUUGCUGCUGUCACUGCUGCAUAUUGUUCUGAAUUUGUGCGUAUUUCUGUCACUUGUUCAGCGUGUAGAGGGAGUGGAUGCGGGCUUUGUUUUCUGAUGUGAUUGCACAUACUAAACCGUGCAUACAUGUACAAUAUACAUAUGUAAACAGGUUCAUUUUAACACGUUUAUGAAGUCUCGUUAUCUCUGCUUUGUCAUUUUCAGCUUUUUUUGAAAUGAACUUAUAAUGCUGGUACAGUGUUAUGCGUGGAGGUUGUAAAGUGCAGGGGUUUUUAUAUCGAAGCUUAGUGUGUUUAUUCACUUUCUCCCCCCCCCGACUUUUGUUCUAACUCCUUGGUCUUUCACACUAGUCAUGAAACAAGGCAAAAACGUCUCAUUUGAUAAAGCAGAACCUAUUCUUUAUUGCUGGUUGUCUAUUAACUUGAGUGCCCACCUUGUAAUCAGUAUUGCAUUUAAAAUUGGCUGGAAUGACUGAGUUAACCUAUCAGGCUGGUAUGAUUGACAUGAACAUCUAGCCAAUCAGCAUUGCAACAAAGUGCCACAAAAGCAACAUUUUGGCAUGCAGACGUGGACAUAGAUGAACUAGCUGUUGGAUUUAGCGACGAUGUCCUAAGGGAUAAUGAGAUGGGGAUCAGGCAGAUCCAGGUCAGUUUCCACAAUUUAUAAGUGAAUUGCAGUGUGGUCUAUAACCUAUAUUGAUUAUGAAAGGUCAAUUGUUUUUCUAUAAAAUCAAAUAAAGGUGAAGCAAUUCAUUACAGUACGAUUUUUUAGCUAGAGUUUACUGUAGCAGUGUCACAAGGCCGUGUGUGUGCAUAUAUGUUUGCGUGCGAGUGUGUAUAUUGUAUGUGCGUGUGUGCAGGUGUGCGUGCAUGCAUGUUGCCAUGCCGAGAUUACCUGGUGUGGUAUUGUGAAUGCCAUAAUUGUAUAUGGUAUAAGUUUCAGUCAUUAAUUGCACCAACAGUGACUGAGAACUGAAUAAUGUCUAGUUGAUUUUAAUUUGGCCAGCGUUCGUUUUAGCAAGUGUUAUUAAUUGUAUUUCUUCCCACAAUCUGGCAGGCAGCACUAAAGCAGUUGCCUCGAAGGGCGAUUUGCUAGAUUAGAUCGAGUAAUUUUCCCCCCUAAAUUCAGGUGUAUGUUUGAUGCAGGUACACGACAACAAGCAGAUUUCAGUAAAUUGCUUCUGUCACCUAAUUGUUUGUUUUUUCAUGUUCAAACAGGGAUGAAGGACAUGUGGUUUUUUAAACUAUGAUAUUUGAAAUAAAUUAACAAAUUCUGCCAGAUUUGGACUCCACUUGACAGGUGGUCGGUUAGUAUGUGUGUUAUCUAAUAUGACAGCAAGUGCAGGUCGUAUCCAAUAAGGUUGAUGUCUCAGUUACAUGAUUCUGCUGACCUGCAACUAAGGUUUCUCAUCAGGAAGACAAAUAUGAUAGCAAGUGCAGCCAGUACACAUACCGCACAAUACGAUGGCCCUGUUAUAUGAUGAUUCUUUAUGUACGUCAAUGGUUCAACGUGGGGAGCUGUAGCCUAGAAGUCCGAUAUUGUUCGUGAUGCAUCGUGAAUAAACAUGUUGGGAUAAUGAAAUGCAGAUGUGUUUGGCGGUGUCUCCCUCUACCGCCGUUUUUUUCAGAUUGCAUGUGCCUGUGAGACACUCGGCAGCCCUAACUGUUAUUUAUUUUUCACUCUUCACGAAGAUAUAAGCACCGGUGCGCAUUACUAAAGCAUUGGCGAUCAUAGCGACGCCAAGCGGAGCGUAUGUACGAAGAUUGUAAGAUACAAUGAUACCAAAUAAAGAUUGUUCUGAAAUAA